AGAGGGAAGGAGGAGGAGGAGGAGGAGGAGGAGGAGGAGGUCUGCGUAAAACCCCGCCUCCGGUCUCGGAUCCUCCCGCAAGUCUUAUUCACAGCUUCUCACGUUGAGGACACAGAGAGGAAAAGGGGGAGAAACGAGAAAGAAAGGCACACGAAGACCAAAAAAAAAAAAAAAAACACCGAAAGAAGCAGCAGCAGGGGCGCAGCGAAACCACCAUGGCGAUACCCAAAACGUCUCAGCUUGAGAUAGUGUCCGAUCCCUGCGCACCUCUACCGCCGUCGACCACUGCACGGAGCAUGCAGCCGCACAAUAGACAGAGCCCCGAUGAAUGAGGAGCCGUACCCGGGCCGAGGAGGGCAAAAUGAGGGUCAUCUUCAUCCAAAACGCCGGUUUCGUCGCAGCUUUCUCGCCUUUCCGAUGUGAGUCGGUGAUGUCGGCAGCGUUUAGGACGACAGAUGAGACAUGUGGGUGAUUCAUCAUUUGGAAGAUUUAGUAGGAAAAAGAGAUAAUACCAUGAACAGGUAAGAGAACAUCUCUGUUCACUUUGAUCAAACCCAAUCGAUCAACUUAGACAAUCUGGAAAUGUCAGUUUCCACAUGUAAUAAUAGGCUAUGACUAGUAGACUACACGUUAUUCCUUGUAAUUUAUUUAUUUAUUAUUACUAUUAUUAGACCUUUUAAGUAUUAUAUUAGCAACUUACUUUAGCUAGGUAGUUUGACAUAUUUAACAGUGGGAAGGUCGUUUAAACACUUCCCUAGUGAGAUGGAAACCGCUUAUUUAUCGCCCCUCCGGGCGCCAACCCGGCCCCAGGCCCAGAGGGGUCAAACCUCAGCGGGGAUACCGGCGAGAGGUGACCUCUCGCCGCCUCCCCCGGCUCCAUCCCUCCCUGCCGGCGGCGGCUCCUCGGUCGAAGAGACCCCGGCGAGCGCCGAUGGGCGGAGGGGCUCGGGCGUGAAGAAACACCACCACAAGCACAACUUGAAGCACCGCUACGAGCUGCUGGAGACGCUGGGAAGGGGCACCUACGGCAAGGUCAAGAAGGCCAUCGAGCGCCGCUCCGGCAGAGAGGUUGCUAUCAAGUCAAUUCGGAAGGAGAAGAUCAAGGACGAGCAGGACAUGGUCCACAUACGUCGAGAGAUUGAGAUCAUGUCCUCCCUCCGCCACCCACACAUCAUCUCUAUAUAUGAAGUGUUCGAGAACAAGGACAAGAUCGUGAUAGUGAUGGAGUAUGCCAGCAAGGGCGAGCUGUACGACUACAUCAGCGAGCGGCGGCGCCUGAGCGAGCGGGAGACGCGACACUUCUUCAGACAGAUAGUCUCCGCCGUGCACCACUGCCACAAGAAUGGCGUGGUGCACAGGGAUCUGAAACUGGAAAAUGUGCUACUGGAUGAAAACUGUAAUAUCAAGAUCGCUGAUUUCGGGCUGUCCAACCUGUACCACAAGGACAAGUUGCUGCAAACCUUCUGCGGCAGUCCGCUCUACGCUUCGCCAGAGAUCGUCAAUGGGAGACCUUACCGUGGCCCAGAGGUGGACAGCUGGGCUCUUGGGGUGCUGCUGUAUACCCUGGUCUACGGGACAAUGCCAUUUGAUGGUGGAGACCACAAGAACCUCAUCCGCCAGAUCAGCAACGGCGACUACAAAGAGCCCACCCAGUCCUCAGACGCCCGGGGACUGAUCCGCUGGAUGCUGAUGGUGAACCCCGAGCGCCGGGCCACAGUGGAGGACAUAGCCAACCACUGGUGGGUGAACUGGGGCUGGAAGAACAGUGUGUGUGACUGCGAGACCCAACGCGAUCACGGAGGCUCGCCCAUGCUGGCCCGCUUCCUCGACUGGCAGAACCGCACUGAGCCACGUGGUUCUGGAGCCAAGGCGGCCGCGUUGCCACAGCUGCUGCGCCAGAGGCCCAAAAAGUCCAAGAAGGAAAAUGUUGAAGCCGGGGAGGCCCACUGCGGAGCGGAGGACAAGCCGGGUCUGAAGAGACCCAAGGGCAUCUUGAAGACCCGGCUCACCGGGGAGCAGCGGUCUGCCAGUCUGGAAGAAGUGGAGCUGGGCCCGGCGCCGCCGCCCAAGCAGGCCGCAGGCGGAGAGGAGGCCUCGAGUCCGGACCAAGAGGAACAGGAGUUGAGCCUGGGAGGUGGCUCGCCGGCGAAGAUGGUGCCCUCGCUGCCCAGGAAAGGCAUCCUCAAGAACAACCAACAGCGGGAAUCCGGGUACUACUCCUCCCCGGAGCGCAGCGAGUCCUCCGAGCUGCUGGGCGGUGCCAGCAUGUCGCUGCUGGCCACCUCCCCGCCCAGGAGGAUGAUGGGUCGAAAGGGCAUCUUGAAGCGAAACGGCAAAUACUCCACCUACAGCGGGCCUCCGUCGGCGGUGGCGGCGGCGGCGGCGGCCGGCGUCCUCGGGGAGCCUCAUCCCCCGGCCGACUCCGGCCUGUCGCGCAGCCAGAGCCGGCCCUCCAGCAUCGUCGGGGAGGACAGCUCCGCCCUGUCGCUGUCGCCCACCUCCAUCGGCGGCGCCGAGUGGCACCCGUCCGCCCCGCGCCUGCGCCCCAACAUCAGGGCCUGCGUCUCGGCUGAAGACCUGCUGCAGCUCGCCAGCUUCCAGGGCUUCCAGGCGGCCCCGCCGCUCCAGGGACCCAAGUUCAGCCGCGGCCCCAAAACGAAAGGCUCCCCGGGGGACAAUGGCAGCUUCUCCUUGCUGGGGGACCUGGAGGACAUGACUCAGGUGUACCAGCAAGCCCUGGACAUCAGCGGCAACCUCACUUAGCAGAUGGGCGAGAGAGAGAGAGAGAGGGAGGACGCAGAAGGAAUUCAUCAUGACUGUGUGUGUGUGUGUGUGUGUGUGUGUGUGAUUUUUACAGGUGGCAUUAACGACCAGUGUGUUACUGGGAUACACCUUUUGGGAAGUAGUGGUUUUCCAAAUGGGUGCUGAAAUCUUGAUGGAAAUGAUAUGUUCUUCGCACAUAAGUGUACACACACACACACACACACACUCGUGCACUUGUCUCUGACCGGAGGGGAUUCCGUUGGGGCUAAAGAGGAGCCGACACACAGGAGAAUGCCACCCAGUCGGCUUUUGGUUGGCCCCCGCCCCGUAGACUUUGCUGUGUUCGACAUGUUUACAUAUUCAGCAAGAAAGCAAGUUAGAAUCAUCACAAACGCAGCCACCAGAGGCCGGUCGGCUCUCCCCGUGCACCACCCGUAUCGAGUUUGAGUUUACAAAAGCACCUUAAAAACUCACACAGAGCACACGCUUUUGUGAUCUUUUACUUCCUUUAAAAAGAAAAAGAGAGAAACCAACCAGGGUCUUGUUCCAAAAGAAGAAGAACAAAAAACGGACAUUGCUGAUUAUUUAUUAAUACUUUUGUAGCUUUUUAGUUUUAAGUGCAAAACUGGUGGGCGCUGGCUGUUACUGGAAGAGUCCAAAGCUCCUUUGAGUGGAACUGACAUAUAUACUUAUGUUACUCCGUGGUGAGAAACGUAUAUAUACUCAGCAUAUAUAACAGUGUCUGCGCUUGUAAAACACGUAGACAAAUAUACCUUCAUAAAAGCGUAUGACCUAUAUAUAUGUAUUAUGCCAGGGAAUAUGUAGGAAGUGCCUUUUUUGAUUCAUAAUUAAGAAUUAUUUAUGUCAUUUCCUUAAAGUGGAGAGAAAAGCCAGGCCAACCUGUCACCAGUUGUGCUUUUUUUUUUUUUUUUUUUUUUUUUUAAUAUUUGAAAAUAAGUGAAUGUGCAGAGACCCAGGGCCUUCGGGCGCGCACGGCCCGACUAGCUUUACUUGUGUCGGGGUUCAAAGGUCAAACCGGGGACAGUUGAGAUCAAACAGACUCCCCUCCUUCCACAUGUAGAGUACCACAGAGGCUGCCUCAGUGUUCUUUGUCUGGGUUUUAAGCCCAUAGUUUGGAUUGUCAGCAGUUUAGGUGGUUUGAUGAGCACAGAUUUGCUGGCAGCACCAGGAGGCCUGGAGGGACUCACCUAGUGGGGCACUUAGCGAAGGGAGAUGGGCCAGACACCAUCUCACAGUCCUGGAAUGUCCCCGGCUCACUCAACCUUGGAAGUUUUCACAUUUUUCGGGGCUACCUGAUAAAACUACCUGAGAAUCUUUUUUUUUUUUAAUCUUCUUUUACCAAAGACACUCAUAACUUUCAAUCUGGUUAAUAUUUCCCCCCUCGAAAGCUCUUUAAAAAACCUCCAAGCAAGAUUAUUAGUUUAGGUUGCUGAUGACGCUGCGAAUUCCUCAGACAAAGGCUGGAGACGUGUUGGUGCUGGAGAUCUCUAUCAGGCCCCGACUCAGCACAGGUGGGAUCUGCGGUGCGUGCUUAGCCCUCCAGCUGUGUAUACUACUCCAUUGUGUCAACGGAGCACAAUUAGCCAGCCAUUGUUUUUUUUUGUUUUUUUUCGUUUGAGAGUAAGAGAGAGACGUGAGAGAUUUAUAGCUGAAGGGAGAAGAAGCGUGUGUGUGGAAGAGAGAUGCUCGGUAAAGGCGCUGAGGUCAGAAAGGACUUUCCUGUAGAACACGGGAAAAAGGUCGAGGUGUUAGAUUUAUUGUUGGAAAAGGAAUUGUGAAGUGGAAUAGUGGAAGCAAAGAACAUGAGUAGAAAGAGUUGAUGGGAAGUUUUUAAACCCAAAAUAUGUUGAUGGUUUGGCAGGAUUCAGAAGAACAGUUAGGGACUAAUGGGAGGCCUCUGGAUUCUUUUUCUUUUUUGACUUGGAAGUCCCGAUAAAUCAAUGAAAUCAUCCCCACAUUGGCUUCAAAUCCCGUUUUUUUUUCAUUUUCUUUUUGAGUUUCUAUCUGAGAUGCUGGAGAGUGUUUCUACAGAUUGUCUUGAGGCUCAGUCAGUGUGUGAUUUGUGUGUCCUGCGUGGCAUUAGAAAGUGUUUAACGCUCCGUUCCCGCAGCAGAAAGUGGGACAACGGUGACUGACAUCAUGCAAAAUACCAAAUGAUGUGGAUGUAGGAACAUGCCGUAAACAGCCCAGAGGGAUCUCAUGGUGGAUGUUUGCAGGGUUCCUCUGGUGCGAAGCAAAGGUCCUGGGUCUCAAUUCCAAUGAAAGACCCGUUGCGUAUUAUAUUGCAUUUUAUUGCCUUUUUGUAUUGCAUUUUAUGGUCAACUGGAUUUACAGUGAGAAAAUUAUACUAUGUUAGUAUUUUUGUUUCAUUAUGCUUCUGUUUUUGAUUUUCCAAAAUAUAAGAAACUUUAUAUUGCUUUAUGUUAUGGCAGAAAAUACUUCAGAUCUGAAGUUGGUGUGGUCUCAGUUUCCAUCUGUUUUGCUACACCUGCGGGAGGGAGAAGCUCAGUUCAGAAGUAGUUCAUUAAAAACACUUAAUGCAAAGGGUCAGAAUGCAAGAUUGUUCAUUGAUGUUUUGAUAGCUGACCCUAAGAAAGUUGGAUUUGCUCUUCUGCCAAAGUCCAAAAUCGGAUGGUGAAACAGUAACUCUGCCAAACUGGAAAUACGUGGUGCAUAUCUGUUAGUUAGCAGUAGUCUAAUCAUAGAAAAACUUGACUGGAUAUUGUUAUGACAAUAAUAGUAAAUUAGUAUUAUUAUGAUAUUUAAGUAUUAUUUUUGUUAUGGCUCAUUACCAUUGAUGGCUAUUGCCACAGUUCUUCUUGUCUGUGGGUGAUCCUGGACUGCCGAGGUGGAGUAAGUCGUGUGCCUUUGGUAUCUUUCAUCAACCCUUUUUUUUUUUUUUUCCUUACUUUUUUUUUUUGAUAAUGAAAAUUAUUAUGAAUGUGUUUUGAUACUUGUAUUUAUUGGUGAUCAAGCCAUUUCAUUUGUUGACCCAAAUACUCCCUUCUCAUGCUUUCGGGCCUACUCUAGACUGUGUGUUGUGUUCAGGUCCGACUGCACACAAGAACAGAAUCGUUUGUACGAAAUCAAGUGGUUUCAUCUCAUUGUGAAAGCAGCAGUCAGCCGUGUUAUUUUUAAGAGUAAGAAAUUAACAGCUCCUCGAAUCCUGUAAAAUGUCUUAAUACGUCCACCUGGGUGCGUUUCUACACGACACAAUAUUGCUGUAGUUCUGAAUCAACUCAAAUAAAUGGAUCUUGAAAGUUA